GAAAUUGUUUUUCGUUAUAUCAAACAUCAAGUCCCCGCGAAAUCUGGCGCCAGAGUUGUUAUUUUUUUUAGAAAACAAAGGCAUAUUAGAUCAGAUUACAGUAGCUGAGGUUCCCUUAAAAUGAUGGAUGCAAUUGAAGUUCUACCAUCCAAAAAGAUGAAGCAAGGUCGGCUUCCAUUCAAGCCUUUGGAUCACACUGGACAGACAAAGCAGGGCAGCACACCUCCAGGCAACAAGAAAAGGAAACUCUCUGAUAAUGAAUCACCAAGUGCCAAACAGAUUCGGACUAGUCUAGGCUCCACUCAGAAGGGUGGGCUGAAUGGUGAGCAUGAGGUUAGCAGUAGUUCAGAGGCAGAAAAUGCUGCUGAAAAUCCUGCAUUACUUAUGCCCGGGCCCAAGAUGCAUACACUUGAUAAAUUCUUCAGUUGCAAAAAGCCUAUAGCAGAUCAGGAGGAGAUAACUUCGACUAAUCAAUGCAUAGAAAUCGAUCUCACGGAGGAAUCAAAUGAAUAUGUGGCUGGAGAUGCCACCAAAGAAAACAAGGAAGUGGAUGUCUUCGUAAAGGAAAGUAUAAAAAUUGAUGAAAACAGUCACAUUGAUCCUGAUGAGGAUUUGAAAGUUGAAGGGGAAAAUAAAGAAAAUGAUAAAACUGACGAUGUUAUGAGUAUAGAUAGUGAUGACGGGAAAGAGGAAAAUGAAGAUUGCAAUGCUUCUUUUAUUGCCAACACUUCAGUUUGUGAAGAUGCUCUUAAAACUCCUGCCAAGAGCAAAGAUAUGGACUCGAUAAUUAAGUCCCCAUCUGUCAGUGAGGACAACGCUGGACUCAGUCAGGGAUCUGGCAGUGAAGGGACUCCCAGUCUAUCAGGAAAGAAGCAAUCAAAGCCGCUGUCUGAGAGCAAGCGCAAGGACCGCGAUGCUCAGCGUCAGAAACAGAAGGAGGAACGUGAUCGUGAAAAGGAGGACAAGAGGCUUGCCAAGGAGAGGGAAAAAGAGGAGAAGAAGAAGGAACUGGCUGAGAAGAAGCGACUGAAAGAUGAGCAGCGAGAGAAAGAAAAGGCAGAGAAAGAGAAGGCAAAGCAAGAGGAAAAGGAUAAGAAGGAAAAGGAGCGAUUGGAAAAGCUGAAACAAAAAGAGGAGGAGAAAAAAAUGAAAGAAAAGGAAAUUGAAGCUAAACAAGAAGAGAAACGUCAGAAGGAGGAAGAAAAACGACUCAAAGAGGAGGCACGCAAAAAAGAAGAAGAAGAAAAGCAAAGGAAAGCUGAGAAGAAGGCCAGCAUGUUCAAAGGUUUCUUCAUAAAGAAAGAGCCUGGAUCAUCACCUCCUAAGAAUAAGGACACUAAGGAUGGGAUGUUCAUGCCGUUUGAGUUGAAACCCAACAUGAGACUUGCCCCAGCCAAUCGCCGGGCACCUUUAGACGAGUCACAGAGGGAGAAACUAGACGAGUGGAUCACAGAACAGACCUCCAGUGAGACAUACCUCAAAGCUCUCAAGUCUCCAGGAUUUGUCAAAGGAAAGGGUAGCAAGACUUGGCCAAAGCAACUAGAAGAGGAUGAUGAUGUGGAACUGAUGUCACACGAGAAAGAGACCAUUGAAAAGGUUACACACCGUGUGAAGUUUCUGCGAUUCCAGGAAAACACGCGCCCCCCAUACUACGGCACAUGGCGAAAGAAGAGCAGCAAACUGACGCCUAGAAAUCCCUUCAAGCAGGACCAGGGCCUGUUUGACUACGAGGUUGACAGUGAUGAUGAGUGGGAGGAGGAGGAACCUGGCGAAUCAGUCUCCUCGGACGAGGAGGAGAGGGAGGAGGAGAAGUGUGAUGAUGAGGAGGAGGGAGAUGACUGGAUGGUGCCUCAUGGUUACCUCUCUGACGGGGAGGGCAUAGAAGAUGAGGAGGAGGUGGACACACGGAGCAAGCAGGACCUACAGCGUGUACGUCAGGCAGCCUGGGAGAGCGAGCUGAGACGGCAGGCCAAGCCCCUCAAGAUGCUCGCCAUCGGCUGUCACUGGCAGGACUCCACCACCACCAUCGCAGCACAGCAGCUACAGAUACUCCUCAAGUUCAAGGCCAUAUGUUUGACGUCAUGCCCAAUAGAGACAAGUUACUCCAUCGCAAGGAACGGUGGCGAAGCCGGUGGAAACGGGGAUAAAACUGAGGAGAAAAAGACCAAGUCAAACCCUCAGAAGAAAGCAGUCCCAGAAGAAGCGAUGCCAGACCUGAUUCGUCUGGUCCAUGGCAAUCCCAUGGGCAUUAAGAACCUGGUCAAGGAGUUCUUCCAUUACUGGAACAAGAAGACCAAUCCUGACCAGAACACCACCCUAGACACCUCUAAACACAUGGACGUAAGCAUGGAAGUGGACGAAAAGUCGGACCAGGUCUUGAAUGACAGUAAACUGGAUCAGCCAGAGUUCUCUACAGUGUGUAUAUCAAAAAGACAGCUGGAUAUUAAGAUUCCAGCUAUAGCUGUGCGGGAGAAACGGCCUGACCACAAGAAGGUGUGCUGGUACGUGCAUGCAGACGUGCUGAAGCAGUACGGGAUGGAGGGCCUGAAGCUGCCGAACUCCUGGGAGUACGUGUGUGUGAAGGAACCCAAGUGGGCCCAGGACAAGACUAACACUCCUAAAGCUGAGGACUCAGGCUCUGGGGCAAACACCAAACUGAGUUCAGUUCCCAAGAUUGUACAGUUUGCUCAGCCGAUGUCGCUUGCUCAGAUUCAGGCCAUGUGUCCGGCACCUGUGAAAGAGGCUCACACCAAGGUUGAAGCCAAGAUUGAAGUCAUGGAAUUGAGUGCCAAGACGGACGCCAGUGAAACCACCCCAGGGAAAGCUGCAGUGCCACCUGAUCAAAAAAGUAUCAAGGACAUGUUUUCUCCUCUUAGUAAGAAAUCAAUUACCUGUGGGAAACCUUCAGGCUUAGUCAAAGCAGCAACCAACUUGUCUAGCCCUAAGGAGAAGCCCUCUGCUGUAAGUACAGCUUCAACCCCAGCUCAGGAGGUGAUUAGUAAGAAUGUUACCCCGUUGAAACCCACAACUUCUGACUGCAAGUCUGGGGCCUCAUCCCCCAUGCCCAAUAUUCUGCUGUCAAUGUUGUCUUCACCUGAGUUAAUGAAAGCCUCUCUUAAAGAAGCAGAGAGCAAAACAGAGAGUAGAUCAAAGGCCAAAGAAGAACCAAUGGAUAUAGACAUUAUUGUUCUCGACUGAACUGUUCUGGCUUUUGGAACAACAUUAAGUUGGGAAACAGUAUAUUAUGGUCAUGUUUUACUGUGAUGAUACCUUUAAAAAAUGAAUUUUGUUUUGCAAAUAUGAUUUUGGAAACUGUUUUCUGCCAUAAGUGGAUGAGUUUAUAGGUGUGUAUAUCAUUUAUAUUUUAAUUAAGAAUAAAACAAAUAAUGCAUGUUGUUAAAACGAUGUUGAGACAAAAUACCUAUUUAUUAUUAACCAGGUUUUCCAAAGGAAAAAACAGGUUAUUAGAUUGGCGAAUGUCGGCUGACGGGCGGGCGGAACAAGCUUGUCCAGGCCAUAAUUUUGUCGUUCAUUGUGAGAUUUUAAAAUCAUUUGGCACAUUUGUUCACCAUCAUGGGACGGUGUGUCGCACAAAAGAAUCACGUCAAUAUCUCCAAUGUCAAGGUCGCCACAACAAAAAAUAGAUUUAUUUUGAAACAAACUUACAAAAGGGGUUAAUUUUGUUUGUUCAUUUCAAAAGUUCAGUUUGAGUUGUCUCCCUUUAUCAGAUUUUUUGUUCACAAUGAAAACCUGGUUUUGUGACAAUUUUGUCCCUUUUUGAAAUAAUACUGUAGUUUUACAUGUAACAAUGUUAUUUGAUAGCGUUUAUCUACUGGUGUUUAUGUGAUGACUAAUUUGACAAUAUGAUGUUGAAACAGAAGAUGUACGCGUUGUUACAAUUUUCACACUAGUUAUGUAUUAUACGCAAGGUAACUAAUAAAAUUAACCUUAUAAUAUGGUUUAUUACAAA